AUGGCUAUGAACCCACAAGUCCAAUUUGGAUUUAUCAGCGUCCUGCCCCGCGAGAUCCGAGACUCGAUUUACCUCGAGCUGUGGCACUCCUGCGGACUUCCCCCGCAUAUCCUAUGGCAUAGCAACUUUACCGACGCCAACAAUUCACAUCUCUGCCGUUGGCAAUGUACUACAGAGUACCAAGUGGAAGACCAGCUACAGCAGGACAUCGAGGCGUUGAGGAAUCAGCUUGGUGUUCCCCUUGAUCACCAUAAGAUAAAUGUUGAAUACAGCCGCCGGCUCAAAUCCCCCUAUUUGAAUCCCUCGGCUUGCGGCGAAAUUGCUGCGGAAUUACACGGUGAUCAAGCAAUGUUGCAAAAUUAUGUGUGUAUUCGGGAGAGCAUGACUCCUUCAAGUAGUGAGGUAUUCUCCUCGGAAUGCCUGUUAUCGAUAUAUGGGUCGACAACGUUUGUACUCGCCGACAUGCGAUCUCUCCAGGCCUUCAGUGGAUACUGUGAGAAACCGCCUCUUCUGAAGAAAUUCUGGGAAGUUAUUUCACCUCCCGCUCUCCUCAGAUGCACUAAACACCUGGAGGUGUCAUUAACUCCGAACUUCUCCCUGGCGCAGGCCUGCGCAAGAUCCGGAUCUCCACAACCCUCAGGAACUCUCCACGACGUUGGCUCUGUCACUAUCAGCGCACCCUUAAGCAAAGACAUCCUGCCUAAAGAUGGGUAUGUUGAAGAAGAUAUAACCCAAUCGAACGUUCACCUCUGGAAAAGAGGCGCUGGUGACAAGUUACAUCCGCGCCUAUGGCCCAUGCGUCCUGGCGACCCAGGUGAGGGUCAAAUAUAUUCUGGUACAGUUUGCUUUCCUUGGAAGAGGAUUUGCCUCUGGGUCAUCAGACCUCAGGGGUACGGUAAUACCCAAGGGGAUAACUUCCGCGCGCCCACGGUUGGGCAGUAUCACAUCUUCACCGUGUCCCACAAGAUUUGA